AUGGAGUAUAAGACCCCCGUUCCACCACAAGCCAGCUAUGGGGAACCCGCGAGUAAUCAGCAGGCCCAAUUUUCCAUCGAGCCUUGCGCUGCUAUACUCCGCCAUGAUGGUAAUUUCCGGUCAGGCAUGUUUCAUCUACUCAAAUGCGGCCAUAUCGUCGCUAUUGAUGGAGGAGAUACACGCUGCGGCAUCAAUUGUCAAGAGAUCGCCAACAGCGCCCAAAGCUCUACCUUGUAUGCGCGUGACAGAACCUACAUGGUCAAGUUGAUCGCUUAUACAUCCUCUCAGUCUGACGACCCGAGACCUCCUGUCUUUGCCUGA